AUGAAUUCUGAACCUCUCCCAGCUGGAUUUGUUCUUCGUGACCCAUUGUUGGACUUUGACGAACAUGGCCAUGCGCGCCAUCCACAAGAUUGGAGCAUCUUCCGCCGAACCUGGGCUACCUUCUUGUCGCGGUUCAACCUCGUGACAAUCUCAAACAGCACUUUCAGUGAAGCCCAAGCGUCAAUUGAACAUGAGUUCGCGCUUAGCGAAGAAGUAACCGUUCUAGGGACAUCCCUUUUCCUCGUGGGCUAUCUUAUUGGGCCUUUGGUGUUUGGGCCGAUCUCCGAAAGGUUUGGACGUAAAUACUCACUCGUCGCAGGCGUUGCUGUGUCAUCGGCUUUUAGUUUGAUGCCGGCAAUAGGAAAACGUCUUGAAACGAUUUUAAUAGGUGGCUUGCUCGCCGACUUCUUCGAAUCUUGGAAUGUUGAAUAUCUGAUUCUGCAAAGAGCGGCAAAACGAUAUCGGAACCACGGGCAUCCGCAUAUUCGUUCACAAUUAGAGGUAGAAGGUGUCAGCCUCAGUCAUUUAGCACGAGCAUAUCUGGUUCGUCCCUGGUCAAUUCUCAUUUUCUACUUGUUCUACCAAUCCUACCCAGUCGCUUUUGGUGAUAUUUGUGGAUGGAACCCAAGUCUCUCCUCUCUGUCUCUGAUUGGAAUCAUUGCCGGCCUAUGGGGGGGUACUUUCGCGGUUGUUGUGUUUACCCAAGCAUAUCUUCGAUAUCAGACGGGGUGGAGAGAUAACAACUUCCAACCGGAAAUUCGCCUCUCAUUGAUGAUUGUGGGUGGCUGUCUAGUACCUGCCGAACUCUUUCGGUAUGCAUGGACAUCAAACCCAGCGAUCCCUUGGCCAAGUGAGGGCUGUGCCGGGGUCCUUAUUGGAUUGGGCAUGUCCAUAAUUUUCAUUCAAUGCUUCACAUACAUUAUUGAUUGCUACCCCGACAAAGCGAACCGUGUCAUUGCGGCUAAUGGGGCAGUGAGAAGCAUGUUGGGGCAUCUGCAGUUUGCGUGGGCCACCAGCCUAGUUGGAUUUUUGAGAGUGAUUCUGAUACCUGUUUCCGUUCUUUUAUGA